UUGCUACUGUAGCCGAAGCGCCCAUCUCAGGCCCCCACUCUAAACUUCUAUUUAUUCUCCCCCGUUCCCUCCCCCAUUUUCUACACUCAAACUUCCUCUUAUUCCUCUUCCUGAGUUUUUCUCUCUACCUCUUCCUUUGAAGUCUCACAAACUCACUGAAAAUGGCUCUCAUUGUGUUGUUCUUGGUGGGUUUUCUGUCAAUGGUCUCAUUUGUUCAUGGGUAUGGUGGAGGAGGGUGGAUCGAUGCUCAUGCCACCUUCUAUGGGGGUGGUGAUGCCUCUGGCACAAUGGGAGGGGCUUGUGGGUAUGGAAAUUUGUACAGCCAAGGGUAUGGUACAAACACUGCGGCACUGAGUACAGCUCUGUUCAACAGUGGGUUAAGUUGUGGGUCGUGCUAUGAGAUUAGGUGUGCGAAUGACCCCAAAUGGUGCUUGCCUGGCUCCAUUGUGGUCACAGCCACUAAUUUCUGUCCCCCAAACAAUGCCUUGCCAAACAAUGCAGGGGGAUGGUGUAACCCUCCACAGCAACACUUUGACCUCUCCCAGCCUGUCUUCCAACACAUUGCCCAAUACAAAGCUGGUAUUGUCCCUGUCUCUUACAGAAGGGUACCCUGCACGAGAAGGGGAGGCAUAAGGUUCACAAUCAAUGGCCACUCUUACUUCAACUUAGUCCUUAUAACCAACGUUGGUGGUGCCGGUGAUGUCCAUGCAGUGGCCAUCAAAGGGUCCAGGACUGGUUGGCAAUCAAUGUCAAGGAACUGGGGGCAAAACUGGCAGAGCAACGCCUACCUCAACGGACAAAGCCUCUCAUUUAAGGUCACCACAAGCGAUGGUCGCAGCGUGGUGUCCAACAAUGUUGCCCCAGCUAGCUGGUCCUUCGGGCAGACCUUCAGUGGAGGACAGUACCGAUAGUUGAUAGAGACCUAUUCCCUUUGAGUUAAACUUAGUUGUCUUGUCUUUAAUAGUUGUACCCAUAUUUUGCUAGGUAUAUAGAUACUAUAUAGUCACUUAAUAUUAGUAAUGUGACUAUUACUAGUAUUUUAGUUUAUAUAUAUAUUGUGGUCAGUCUUGGCCUCUAGGGUGUCAAAAAAUGAGAAGGGACUUAUUUUAAAUGGCCCUUUCAUCAUUUUUAAUUUGAUUGUAGGGUACCCUAUUAAUGGGACCUCUUCUUGUUAAGGCAGGAGGAGAAGGGCAGAGGUGGAUUUUAAUCACCCGCCAGUACUGAGUGUUUCUUUUGCUCUGUUUGGAGUAUGUUUUUAUUUUUUUUUUUGUUUGUUUUUUUUGGGCUUGGAAGGUCAUAUAUUUUGUAAUCAGAUUCUGCUGAGAAAGUGUUCUGUGAUUUGUA